GAGAUUUUAGUCCGUCCGUGAGCAUUGUGCCAGCCGGUGUUGUGUACCGACGACGACGACGACGACGACUUGUUGUGUGACGAUCCAACCGAUCAUCGACCGCGUGUUUGCUGCGCGCAAAAGAGCGGUCGACCGAACCAAGCCCACACCAAACGCCCUGCACAGGCAUCAUGCGAAACGGCGCAACUUUGCAGAAAGUGUUUGUGUUUGCUGUUCUAGUUUCCCGAAAAUUGUCGGUAAUUUGAUCGGCGCACAUGUUUGCAUUAGCGUAUUUGGUGUGCUUUUAUUUCGCGAUCGAAUUACCGUUUCGUUUCAAACGGUGCAAAAGUGGUGAAAAGUCGAAGAGGCUGCAGUGAACAGAUAAGUGUGUGAUCUCGUAGCUAGUUGGGUGGAAUUGUACUUAGUUUUUGAGCCUGUUUGCGGUUGUAAAAAAGGCAACAAAACAAGGCAGACAAGAAAAUUGAACCAACCGUGUGCAGAUCAUCCAGGGUGCAACGAUAGCCCUUUUCGGUGCGUUCUCUUAGUACUUGUGUGCGAAUGCUGGUACAAAUAAUUGCGCGCUUUAUCCGUGUCCAUUGCUACCACAUUCUUUCACCGCUGAUCUCGUAAUCCCGGCCCUGCAAAACCCGCACACGCAAGUGCUGCUUUAGCAGAGUUUUGAACAACAACAAACGAUAAAAAGCGAAAGCAACAAAGACAGCCCAGAAGGCGAAAGGUAUAAGUGCACGGUAGUAGUAGCCAUAAUAAUAGGUGACCGUUAACGAUGGGCAGGAAAUUGGCGCACCAUCUGGUGCUUGUUGGUGCGUUGCUAGUGCUAGCUGUCGAAAGUUUCUCGCGGGCAUUGCAACAAGCCGAUGAUUAUACUGCACAGCAUCACCAUCUGAGAAGUCAGCACCAGCACCAGCACCAGCAGCAGCAGAAUCUCCCACAUCACCACAACAACCAUCAUUCCCAUAGGCAUCGAACGGAGCAGAGUAGAAGCCGGAACCAGACGUCCUUAAACUACUCGCUAAUAAGUGGCCCUGGGUACAGUAAUGGCGCUGGUACCGAUUAUCGGCCACCGUACCAGGGAACCGUGCAGCAACAUUGGACAAACGGGCAACCACACGGUGGACAUCGGGACACUCCACCACAGCAUCGGCGCCAUCAUCGUGGUCAGUCCCAUCCUCAGCAGCAGCCGGUACCGAAUGGAUGGCGCAGGACAUCCGGGAAUGGUAGUCUGCCCGCGGCACGUCCAGUAAACCGGAUGCUGACGCGAAGUGGUUCAAUUCCAUUCGGAAGCUCACGCCACAACAACAGUACCAGAAACAGAAACGUGUGUACCGUUUACAUCUAUCGGAAGUCGGUGAUACACCCGUACCCUAACGCACACUGCACGGAUCCGUCCAACUGUUCUGGGCUUCGGACAUACUCGGCGCCGGUAGCAAAGCGGGAAGCAUGUUGCCGUGGCUGGGAGACAACGACAACCGUUGCCGAUGGGUGUUUUAAGCCUGUCUGUCAAACGCCUUGCCGAAAUGGAGGCCAAUGUACUGCACCGGAUCGGUGUAGCUGCUCAGCAGGAUUUACUGGCAAGUACUGCGAGAUGGACGUGAACGAAUGUAAGGAACGGAAACCGUGCGAUCAGAUGUGCUACAAUACGGAAGGCUCGUACUACUGCACAUGCCGCGAAGGGUUCAUGCUGCAGAGCGAUCGUCAAAGUUGCAGAAAGAUCGUAGAAACGAAAGACCACGCGACGGAAGCGCGCGACAUGGAGAACGACCUGGAUGUCGAUUACGACAGUCUGGACAUUCGGUUAAAGAAGUUGGAACAGCAGUUGGCUUCCCGUGACGACAGACAGGAGCUCAAUAAAAAGGUCCAGUACACGAUGGAAGCGGUUUCGGUGCUGAAGUCACAGGUGUCACGAUUGACCCAACGGUUAUUUCCCUCGGUAGAUUAUGGUAACCGGGUACACUGAAGUACACUCGACGUUGGACUCCUAUCCGGCCAUAUGGAGCUUAUUCUCAUAACAACGAAUUUGCUGGCUCUAGUAGCAGCUUUUAAAUGAAUCCCGUUCCGACGUGCUAUGUUUCAAUAGAAUGAAAGUCUUACAUUUAUUGUCCUUAAAAUGCUAUUGCCUGUGUGUGUGUAUGUGUGUGCAAGUUGUGUGUGUGUGUGUGUUUCUAUCUGUGUAAUGUUGUCAAAGAAGGAAGAUUAAAAAUAGACUAUUACCAAAAUCGAA